AUGGCCGAGGUCAUCAUGUCGCCAUACUCGGAAACAAUGACUCUACCAUUGGCGACCCAGGCGCCAGAGAUCCACAUGGUGUCGAACCCACAGUUUGUGUUUCCCAUGCGUUCACCAUCAUCCCAAGCCGCCGAGCUCUCCACUUCUUCCACCGGCCCUUCCCAUCGACGGCCAAUGUCAUUCCACACCAGUAACGCAAGCUCGCGACCGCGAACUGCAGAGAGUAGACAUAUGCGAGGUGUAUCCGCUUUGCCGAGUUUUAGCUUCAGCGCGACCGACGCAUCAGGUCUACAAGCCGAGCAGACCGCGCAGGCCGACCAACCCGGACAGUCCGGAAAGAAUGAGACUUUACUUGCUACACCACGCGGAGGACACAGGAGGAAUGUCAGCGAGCUGGUGGGUGGCGUCGGUGUUCGUGGUGCGAUCAGUGCCAGUCCAACCAAGACGACCGCCAUACCCAUGACUUCAAGAGGAGGACACAGGCAUCGUAGAUCUACCGCCAUCUCUGGACACGACUUGAGCUUUCUCAUGUCGCCUGCAGAGCCCGAGCCGCGAUUGAGCAGCAGCCUCCCGAGUACUCCCAUGGAUCACCCUGGGCAUGUAUCUCGCUCUUCGACGGCCACCGCGGAUGGAUCUGGCCCGGUGCCGCUGCCGGAAUCUCCUACCCGCCCUCCAUCCAGGCCUCGAGUGGAGUUUUCGGAUAAUGUAGAGUACAUACCCAGACCACUCUCUACCAUCUCAUCCGAGACUGAAGGCUCGAUGUCGACCAGACGAGGUCAUUCUGUUAACAACAGCAUCUCGUCUAUGCUCAGCCUAGGCACACCCAGUCCGCCCGUAACGCGAGUCCAUACCCGAAUGGCAUCUUUGGGAGCGAUGCCGGAAGACGCCCAGCUUCAAUCGCACAGAUCAUCUCUCGAGUAUCGGAAGCGUGGUGACAAAGAAGGCCAUUGGCUAAAAGGAGAAUCUCCAGAAGGACACCAACGCCGCCCAGUGACAGAGUCCGGAAUUGCGCCUCCGAAACUUGCAUUUACACUUGACGCCGCGCCUACUAAAGCUCUCCCACCUCACAGAAAGCGACAGUCGAUCGGCCACGCUCUUGGCUUUGACCGCCGCCGAAGCGAACCUCUCAUGGGAAUGUAUUCAGGAGAGUCGUCGCGCCUAUCGGCUUUGUCAUUACAGGAGCCAGCGCAUGUGGACCAGUAUGAUCAAGAGGACCCAGAAUUUGACAGCUCUCGUCGCUCUUCGACCCGGCGCAUCAAAGAUUGGGCAUUCUCCAAGAUCUCGCGUAUUGCGAGCAAGCCACACAGUGAAGGCAAGGAGAGCCCGUCGAUCAAGUCGUCGUCUCCCACCACAUCUCCCUCCAUGCCCGACAUCUCACCUGCGAUUCCGGAGCCAGUCGCUGAGACAGAUCUUGAUGCAGUGUUCAGCGAGGGAUCCGAAAUUUCACAACCUGCCUUUACACAGGUGUUCCCAGUAGCCGGGCUUGGUAUUCCUCCAUUGAGCCAACGCAGGAGCUUCCCUUCACCAGAUACGGAGGAUUACGGCUCAAUGUUAGAUCUUGACGCGGCACUCGGGCCAUUCAACACGCCAUCUUCCCAGAAACAACGACGUGGAUUGCACAGCAGUCGUGGCGCUCGGGACUUUUCCAUACAGGGCAGUGCAUAUGUGCCAAGCCACGGGCGAACCUACAGCGCUCCUGUGCUGUCAGCCUUCGACCAUGGUAGAAGUUCUAGUCCACCACAGGCGGCCAUGGCAGAUGUUUUUGAAGAGGAGGAAGAGGAGGAGCUUGUGCUACCAAACGCCGCGCAGGAAGAGCUCGCUCAAGAUGAAGAUGCAUCGCUGGGUGUACAUUUGGUCGACUCGGCAGAGAACAUAACUACUGGGAAUGUGAUGGAUUGCGGUGUUGACGAUGGAACAAACCUUGGAGCUGCGUGGGACCCGGAGCAACUAAACACAUACACAACAUCGAACUCUCGGCUCUCCACGCCGCUCGCGGGCCACAGGCCGCAAUCGAUCAUCGAAGACACCAUCAUAGAAGAAUCCAUCCCUCUGGAGCCGGCCAUUGUCGAUUUCCACGAAGAGCCUAGAGCACCUUCUCUCACAAAGUCUUCCGACAGCAGUGAGGCACCCACCAUCAUGGCGUCCUCUACAGGUAUGCUGGAUCUACCGGAUGGGCAGCCGAAUACGACGACACCCGAGACGUACCAGUCAUCGGAGUUCUCGUCUCCUGACACUGGACGGRGGCAAGGCUCUUUCGACACAUCUCGGCUUGGGACGUCGGCAUCAUCUAUUGCUGACAAUCGCACCAUGAGCUCUUACACCACUGGAGACCAGUCUCAUGACAUGCACGCAUCAACCGAUGAUGUACCUUCGCUUACGAGCAGUCGCUCUACAAUGUUGAGUACGCUACAUGCAAAUUCCUCGCGACGGGAUGUCACCAGCACUCGGACGCCAUCUUUAAUUUCCAAUAACCUGGAUCCCUUGACCGCAACGGCACGUCGUCGUAAGCGCAACAGCAUUCAAAGCCUGUCCCAGCUUAUGGGUGGUCCAUUCGGGUCUUCUCGAGCUGGUGACCUGGACUUGGUGCGACCCAAGACAGCAAUCGACAUGGCAGCAGUGAAGAAGCCCAAGGAGCAUAAAUUGAAAAAGCUCAUGUUCUGGAAGUCCAAGCAUYGAGAAGCCAGCGCAUCGACGUAA